GGUUUAUUCCAUUCAUCUUCGCUGCCCAAAUAUCGCUUUUAAUCGAAUUUUCUUUCAUUUCCUCCUUUGAGAACAUCUCCGAUAACCGCAAGGUGCGCAUCCAGCUCGAGAAGCGCCACACUAAAGGCUUUUUGCCUCUUUGUUUGAGGGGAGCGUGCUUCGGCGCCGAUUCGAUUCCUCCGUGCUGGAAGAGCCGAGGAGCGACGUUAUCUAUGCAUCGCCGCGUGUAAUCGACUUGGGAGGGCUACGUGAGAAAUUUAGCUGGAAUAAUCUCGAUUUUGAAGGACUAGAAGUUUCGCGAUAGACACGAUGCCGAUCGGAGAUCUUCUGGCCCAGAUCAGUGGCGGAAAGUCCUCGGACAACCCUGCGCCAGCCGUUCAACGACCGCAGAGCGCUUCUACUAAACGAAAGGCCGACGAUGAUCUUACAAGGAAUGACUCAAAGACACCGCGUCUAUUCGCACACCCUGCAAAACUACCACAGCGGCCCGCGAACUCUACUCUGUCAAGACCGGCGCCGAUCCCUCCAAAGCCUAUCAAUUCUGCGAGUCGACCGGCUAGGCCAGUAGUUGCCAGUAGACAACCACCGCCACCCCCAGCCGACCCAAGCAAGCCCAAAGCUCCUCCGAAGAAGGGCUCGUAUGCGGAGAUCCUUGCCCGAGCCCAACGGGCACAAGCCGUUAUGGGCCAGGUCGGGAAAAUCCAGCACAAAAAGGCUGAGGGAGGAGCUAUAAAGAAGGAUAAAGAGAGGAGUGAUGUCAAGGCUGCACCUUUGGGCGCUCAAGGCAGGAAACCCUCGACUGGGACUGGGUACAAGGGAUCAGCCAAGCCGGGACAGCGCAAUGGCACCAAUGGGAAUGCAUCCUCAAAGAGUGACCGAAACGGCGCUGCUUCUCGACAGCCUUCCAAGGCAGCGGCAUCUUCCAGGAAGGCUUCUGUGCCAGAGCCAGAGAAGAAAGUUAAGAAGGCAGCGUCAGCAACCACCGGCUACACCGGAACGGCACGUCCCAAGCCGGGCGCUGCGUUAAAGAAGGGCAACGCCCCAAGAGGCGGAGCCCUUCUCAAUGCCCCUCCUCCCAGACCCAGCUCGAACAGAAGAUCACGGUAUGAGGACGAUUACGACGAAGACAUGGAUGACUUUAUCGACUAUGAUGACGCAGAAGACGAUGGCCAACGCUAUGAUUAUGCAUCAGAUGGAUCAUCUGACAUGGAAGCCGGCCUGGACGACAUCGACGGCGAAGAGCGGAUGGCGGAGCGAAUUGCCCGGCGCGAAGAUGACCGGGAGCAGAAGCUUGAACAGUCGCUCAAAAUGGCAAAGGAGGAGAGGAAGCGCAAGGCCCUCGAUGCUCUCCGCGCUAAUCGACGUUGA